CCAAUUAUGCUCAAUUUCUCUGGACAGCUCAUAAUUCCCCUUAUAAAAUCCUCCAUAUUAACUCUGCUUCUUAUCCUUGCGUGCCCUCGGACUCCGCCCUGUUCUUCCCCAUCUAUUCCACUCGCCCUCUCCUUAUCUCUCUCUUUUCUAGCCUUAGUUUCGUAGGUUUUGUGGUUAAAAGGUGAGGAGAAGGUGAAGAUGUUGAGCACGAACGCGAUUCGGAAUAUUGUUGGAAUCAUCGGGAAUGUGUUAUCUUUCGGCUUAUUUCUCUCUCCACUGCCGACAUUUGUCAAGAUUACGAAACGGAAGGCGGUCGAGGACUUCUCGGCGAUCCCAUACCUGGCAACGGUCCUCAACUGCAUGCUGUGGGUGUUCUACGGGCUCCCGGUGGUGCACCCAAACAGCAUCCUAAUUGUCACCAUUAAUGGCGUCGGCCUCGUCCUUGAAGCCAUCUACCUCGCCGUCUUCUUCAUCUACGCUCCCAAUCGCUCUCGUUUGAAGGUUUUGAAGAUAUUGGCCGCGGAGAUGGUGUUCAUGGGAGCGGUGAUCGCAGGCGUCAUUGCAGGGGCUCACACCCACAAGGAGAGAACUUUCAUUGUUGGAAUUCUCUGCGUCAUCUUUGGCACCUGCAUGUAUGCCUCUCCUCUGUCGGUCAUGAGACUGGUUAUCCGGACCAAGAGCGUCAAGUACAUGCCCUUCUUCCUUUCCCUUGCGGCAUUUCUUAAUGGUGUUUGCUGGACAGUGUAUGCGCUCCUCGAAUUCGAUAUCUUUGUCCUGCUUCCGAAUGGACUCGGGGCAUUGUUCGGUGCCAUGCAAUUGAUACUUUACUUCUGUUACUACCGUUCGACGCCUCGAGAGGAGACCAAGGCGGAGGUUCAGUUGCCGGUGUCGUCCUCCAUCGCUCCAAGCGGUGGCAACAAUGAGCCACUCGGUAGUGUGGGUGUGCAGAGAUGAUCAUGCAAUUAGGUUAAGUUGUUCUUUUUUUUUUUCCUCAAAAAAAAAUAAGAGAGGGGACUGAGUAGAGUAUCUUGA